AUGUCUUUCAAUGGACAGGUCUGCAACUACGGGAGCUACUCACCCUGUGACGUGAGCUGCCCUGCGCCGUAUGCCAACGCCUGGAGCCAGCCCUGCGUCGCCUCCUGUGGGGACUCCCGUGCUGUGGUCUACCCACCACCUGUGGCCAUUGUGUUCCCAGGCCCCAUCCUCAGCUCCUGCCCUCAGGAGAGCAUCGUGGGCACCUCAGCCCCACUGGAGAUAGGCAGCUCCUUUGGGUAUGGGAGCUCCCAGGAUGUGCAGAGCUCCUUUGGGUCCGGCACCUCCCUGGGUGGCAGGUACUCCUACCCCUGCUAUUCCCGCAGUUAUGGGAUAUACCACUCUGCUAAGUCUGGCAAGAUUUCCCGGGACAGCAAGACUCAGCAGAAGCAAAAACAAAGCACCAGUUCAUGA